ACAAGCUGGACUCUGAUUGGCUGUUUUAGUGGACACUGUGGGCGUUCCUUUAUUUCUCGUCUUAUAACGCUCAGUGUAAAUCCUGGGAACUCUACUGACAUCCAAACACGCUGGAAAACGUUUACAAUGAAGAGACUGUAUUGUGCUUUAUUUAUAAUUGCUUUCAACCAUCAAGUUUGCGCAGUGACGGACACGAAGCCUAGUAAAGGUUAGUCAAAUCUUGCUCCAGAUUAUCAUGCUACAGGUAAACGUUAAACCCAGAUUUGAUAGAAUUAUAUUUGUCCGGUUUUCCUCUUCAGGUCGAGCGCGCUAUCCCAGUGGUUUCUCCAACAACAAUGGGCGCUUUGAAUUUGAGAUAACGGUAGUGGAACGAGUGCGUCGCAAUGGAAGACGUCUUUCUCCUCAUAAACAUUUUAUAAAAUAUGAGCACAGUGGUGUUAGGACAGGGACCGUGUUUUAUAGGCUGGUGGCUUUUGGGCGCACCUUUCUAUUUCGCCUUGACAGGGAUAAUAGUCAUUUGUCACCUUUGCUCAACGUGGAACACGUCUACGACCGUACGCGCAGACUGUCUUUUGCUGGGAAUUUGCGGCAUUGCUUUUAUCGUGGAGAUUUACAAGGAGAUCUCAAUUCUACCGCCGUGUUAAAUUUGUGCAAUGGGCUGGUAAGUUAACAUACUUCUAUGUUUUAUAAAUUAAUUAUUGUUCUCUUGGUUCUGAAACUGCACGGUACAAGUUAUGUUGCUUGCACGCGGUAUACAUCAUUCAACGAUUUAUUUUGCUUAUUAUUGCCGCGAUGUCAUUUCAAUUCUAUUUUCUCCAAUUUCACGUGGUCUCGUUGUUUUGAUGAAAACAAUUGGUAAAAUAAUCAUUAUCAGGCGCCAUAAGAUUGUAAUUAUUUACUCAAGUAACGUAACCUGAACAUUGCAACCAACGGGGUAUAAAUUUUACUGGAAGCGAUCGGAUAGGGCAAAUGACCCCCUGGUAAUCAAUACGAAAGAUUCCUCACGACUCAGGCACCACGCGGAAUCUCACUUCAGACUCCUCAUAAACUUGUCAAAGCAGCGUCAAAGUUUCCCUUCAUGUUUGGCUACUGCUGGUGGCAAAUCAUUUAAUUAGCUUAUAAAUUCUGAGUAGUUACUUCCUAUUUGAUGCCAAUAGUGGCAAACACCUUUCCAACCUGGGCCACCGGUGAAAAAGUUGGUUACGCUGUGCGCACAAGAGAGGCAACUGCAGCUUUAUUUUAUUGCUCUCUCGUCUGACGUUUGCAUAAUUUUUUACCUGUGUUUUAUAGCGAGGUUCCUUUGUCACAAGCGGCGAGCGUUAUUUUAUAGAGCCUACCAAAGAGCAGGACACUAAUGCAAGUACACAAUUCAGGAAAUUCCAUAUCAUAUUUCGUCAUCCAACUGAAAGAACCAGCCUUAGCAACGGACUCGCAACCUGUGGUUUAAAAGGUAAGCCUGUAUGUUACGUCACAUUCACACCAUCUUACCCAAGAACGUGCGCGCCCUUUAAAAACGGCGCAGAAAAUCUGCCGCAAGCUUUUGAUUUUGCCGCUCUUAUCCAGAAAGUCUUUCCCCUAAAACGGCGCGCGGUUAUCUACAUAAAUUACACUGACAAUGGCCUUUUUCACUCACAUAGUCUGGACUCAAGCACCACCAUAUCAGAUGGGCUCGGCUUCAGUGUAAAAGAAAAAUAAAUACGUUUUUAAAAUAACCAAGAUAACUGGCUAACUGUUUGUUGUAUGGAUGACAUUAUCAAAACAAAGAUUUAAACGCCGUUUACGAUGAGUCGUUCUCUGUUUAUAGUGAAUGCAGGAAAUCACGGUUUAUUUUAGAAAAACUGUUUUGCACAUCUCCCCACUGCCUUCUUUGUUGACCUUUGAGGGCAAAUUUUGUGGAUUCGUGCAUGCGCGGGACAGUGCGUGACAGGAGAGAGAUGUACGUGAUCUUACUUAUCGUGAACCGAUGGCCUUGCACACGACCAUGUGAAGUAAGUGUCGUAAAACAUACACGGGAAGGUGAAAAUUCCCCGCCGAUUCUAUCAUAACUUAUCAUCCAGUUUGCCUUAUUAGUUUUGUUAGAUUCUUAACCGUCUGGAACCAAGCUUAAAAUUUUAUCGCCCUUGUUUAUAUUCCGGUGUGCCACGGGGCUUUCGUUCUGUUCUUUGCGAAAGGAGGAAAAAUGUUUCCAAAAACAAGAUUGUUAAUUGAACAAAAACAAGAUUGUUUAUUGAACCCUCUUUGGUCUUUCUCAUUAAUUGUUAAGCCCUGACACGAAAAGAUUUUAUCAAUCUGCGUUGAACAAACGAGGUCAUGAUCACUGUCUAGCUCAAAGGUGACACAUGCUUCAGAUUUUCGAAAUUCGUGUUUUCUUUUUGCAAAAAUAAUGUUUUUGUUGUUAAAAACACGCGGGGUUUUUAAUGUUACACCUAAAAUGCUGUCAACGCUUUUCUUUACCUUUUUUUUCUGGGCCAAAGAUUUUGGAGAAAAAGUCAAGACAACAGGCUUCCUAAGGCUAUCUUUUCGCUCUUUUAUAGUGACGAAAGGGAAUUUCGCGCGCCUUUGAAUCGUUUUGAUGAUAAUCACCAUUCCCAAUAUGAUAGUCAAUGACAAAUUACUGUUUUCCUCAAAACAGACAAACUGGAAAACUGAAUUUUGCCAAAAUUUACCAACGCAAACGUGUUUCCAUCACACGCAAUGUUUUCGUGAAAAACUUUCAGUCAUUUCACAGGACAAUCAAUUACGGAAACCGUGGAUUCGUUACACAUUUCAACAAGGAAAAUUUUUUUCGUGAUCAAUUUAAAAUGACAGCGAUCAAACGCCUUGAUGUAAGCGAUAUCCUCUUUCACCAGUCUUGAUCUAAUUGUAUUACUCUCACUGGGCGACUCUUUUUUGUGUAUUAGCAAAAAAGAAAUCCAACAAAGAACGUUACCUCUGGCAAUGCUGGAGUCACAUCACGAAAACAGUCUCGUGUAGUAGCUUUUGGUACCAAAGCUUUGAUCACUUAAGUCCUCAUACUUUUGCACAGGCAUUUUACCAAACCAACUGUUUCACAAAAGAGAAAUUUAGCUCUUACUCAGGGCUCAGACCAUUCGUACGUAGAAAAAAAGUUUGAGAGAAAGUAGGGAAAGAAUGCACUGGAACGCGUUCCUAGACGUUUGAAUGUCACGUAACAAGUCACGCAAUGAAAGCCAAACUUUGAGUGUGGUGUUACUCAAACAAAAGUGGCUAAAAGUGAUUCAGUUUCAGCAGAUUUUUGAGGUACUAUUUAUUAUGCUUGCGCCAAAAUCUAGUGAUCGCACACCACCACUGGGCGUACAGUUAUGAGGUUGUAAUGUUUGGUUCUGUGGAUAAAAUGGAAUGACGACCAUAGUAUUAAAGCAGUACCAGACAACGGUACUUUUUCGUUUUCUUUUAUCUAUUCUCUAAUUAGAUAUCGCUACGAGGCACGCAGCCAAUUAUUCUCACUUCGACACUAGACAAGUGUCUCUAUCGAGCUGUUCUAUACUUACGACGCCAGAACACAAACCGAUCCUUUACAAAUCGCUUACUGGUGUUUUCUCUCUUAAUCUUGCGGUUUACAGAUACUAACAAACCCCUGCCACUGCUAAGAGGUCGGCACAACCAUCACGCCAAUAGGAGCAGAGAAGGGACAAGAAAGAGACGGUCGACCGAUGAAAGUUUUGUAGAAACAUUGGUUGUAGCUGACAGGACGAUGGUUGACGCAUUUAAAAGCAAGGCUGACUUGCAAGCUUACAUUCUUACUCUCAUGGGUGUGGUAAGGUCUCUUAGAAAACUUCUAAAUCCUACAGGUCAGGAUAAAAUGGAACAGCAUGCUUUGAUCUCCCCAAAAACUAAGCAUGUAGCCUUCAAACGCGCCAUUAUUUUCCCAUCCUUGAUUUUAGGGGUGUCAGCGGGGUUUACAUUUUUCCGUCCAUUUUGUACAGGAUUGUAGUUUUCCCUAGCAAUGCAAGCAAAGUUGUCCUUAAAUUUAUGUUGCAAACAGCUUAGAAUGAAGCACAAACACAAGUACAAACAGAAGAGGAUUAAUUGUUCCUUUUCUUGGGCUUGUGUCGGCGUCCCUCUUUUUACUUUGCACAAGACUCUUUUGUUUGGAAUUGUGCUUGCGUCACCUUCUUGUCUCCAUGAGAAAAGGCCGUCUUGUGUCGGCGCUGGUUUUCAUUUGACACAGCACCCUUGUUUUCGGGACUUGUGCUUGUUUUAUGCUGUCCAUAGUUGGGAAAAACAGGCAUUAUAUGGCAUUCUUUUUGUUCAUUUUUCAAGGGCUAUAGACAUAAUAAGUUAUCUGUAACAUAAACACCAAAGACUAUUUCUCAUGGGAGCCCGAGAAAAUAAAUGUCAAAUUUCACAAGAAUUUUAAAAACACACGUAAGACUACAAAAAUUUCCUGUGUAAGGUGUCAUUUGUGAAAAUUUGACGUUUAUUUUCUCGGCCUCUCAUAAGAAAUUUUCUUUGGUGUUAUUACAGAUAACGAAUUACAUCUAUAGCCCUUAAAAAAUGUAAAAAAGAAUGUGAUAUUGUUUAAAUUAUUCUGGUAUAAGGUUUUUGUCCACUGAAAAUUGAAAUUACUCAAUUUCCUGAUGGAUUCCGUCUUAACCCCCUGUGUUUAGCAAACCCGAGUAUCCUUCAUUCGAACUACUACCCGAAUGGUGACCCGGAAAAUUCUCAUAUUAGUGGGAAGAAAUACUUAUCUGCCAUCAGCGCGGAAAAAAAAUCCAAAAAAGCAUGUUUUCCCUUGAUCAUUCAGAAAAGUUCAAUUGAUCAUAAUCGUCUUGGUAUCUCCGCUGGGAGAUUUAUGUUAAUUUAAACAACAAGAUCACGUCUCGGAAUCAGAUCAAAUCCUGGCUGGUACGCCGUGCAUACGGCUUCACUGAUCAAGCUGUAACACACGAUGGCUAUCAACAGCCAGCAAUCGCAUAUUAACGACACGUACAUUUCAAACUUGCGAGCCAAGAAAUUCUCUGCGGCCUGUGUGUUGCUUCGUGAGGAGUUCACGUGACGACGAUAGUCUCGUCCUUGAGAUGUCGCACGGUGGGGUAGUAGUUUAAACGCUUGUUUUGUCUACCCGAAAGCCGUCAUGUCCGUCUGGGUUCUUAGCAUUUAACAAGUAGAAAACCAUUAUGCCAUUGUCUAGGCUCCUACAGUCAAAGAAGUGACGUCAGUUUCGGGAAAAAAAAAGUUAUUUUCCCUCUUUCCUCUUUUUUUAAAGGUAUCUCAGGUGUAUCGAGACAGAAGUAUCGGUAAUUCCAUUAACAUUUUCGUGGUAAAGAUUGCCUUACUGGAGUCUAAUCAGGUAGGAACGAAAUUGAAGUGGAAGAAUCACUGGAUACUAUUCUGCGUAAAACAGGACCUUGGUUUUUAAAAAUUGGAGGGUAUAUAUUGUGAAUUUGGUAAGGGAGCAUGACCGGUUGAAAUUUAUUAUCAGCUUGCGUGUUCUCCAGACUGUUUUACGUACAUUUGCUGUGGUACAUAUGAGAAAAAUUUGGUGAACAAUCUCUUUCCGGAUUCUUUCCUUCAUGCUUUUACUUAUCACUGUUUUGUGAAGGCUGUAUCAGAAUUCUAACGGUAGGAACUUUCACCCAAAUAAGGAAACGUGAAAAAAAAUACUCAAAACAUUAAAGAAAAAAGGUAUAAAACGGAUUGCAAUUGUGGGUUUUGAAAAACGUUUUUUAUAUAGCCUGACAGUUUUUAAGUUUUUCUUUUUCUUUUUCGUAACGUUUAAAAUAAUGUUUAGAAGGCAUAUUUGUUGGGCAAGAAGCUGUAAUUUUAUCGUCUAUUACAAGUAAUUUCAUCGCUAACCUGAAGUCCCAUAGCACACAAGGAAGCAUGAUGGCGAUGUUGACAAUAUUAACCGUGACACAGAGCCCCUCAUAUUUUUAAGGACAAACUACUGUUACUGAUGUAGACUACGAGUAGUCCCCAUUUUUCCUCAGGGAUAGCAGAACGAGCGAAACGCGAGCGAGCGUGAAAAAAUUUUCUCUCUCACCGCCGCGUCUCGCCAUUCUCGCGUGGGUUGAUUUUCACGCGCGCUCGCGUUUCGCUCGCUCGACUAUUCCUGAGGACAAGUGGGGACUGCUCGUAGUCUAUUACUGAUGAUGCUGUUGGGGGCUUUACACUUGUCCCAAAAGGACUUGGCGAGCUCAGAAUAACCUUUCUUAAGAUUUAUACCUCUUCUUUCCCUUGUUUUUAUUUUAUUUAUUUAUUUAUUUAUUUUUUUACAGAGGGGCCUCCAUAUCUCCUCAGACACUACUCGCACUCUUAAAAGCUUUUGCCGUUGGCAGAAUCGGGUGAUGACUAAACCACAGAAGGACCCAGAACACCACGAUACCGCGAUUCUUCUAACAAGGUGAGAUUCACCCCAGUUGAGCGCCCUUUAUUGAGUUUUGAGAUAACGAAAGAUUCUGUGAAACAUAUAAGGCAUAAAAAGUAACGCUACAAAAACAUGACGUUUCGGCGACGACAUGUCACCAUUAUCAAAUGCAAAUAAAAAGAACGAAAUGAUUAAAAUUAUAGGAAGAUCAAAAGACUAAAAUAUUAAGGAGGUACAGGUUAACCAGUCAGCAAUGCAACGUGCCAGUAAUAUAACCUCUUGGAGAUUUACCUAUUAUUCACUCAAAUAUUUACCGGUUUCUGUUUGGCUUUAAGUUCCCAGGCUAAUUUUCCAUAACAAGCCAGCGCUGACCAAAUUUGGAAGACGCUUGGUAUUAUUCCACGAUUGAUGACAGUGGGGGAGUCAUUAAAACUAUUUAGUCUGUGUGCAGCCGCCCCCUCCCCCUCCCCCUCCCCCUACCCCUACCUUCAAACAAAAUCUAGGAAGGGAAGGGGCGUCUGCACACAGGCUAAAAAUAUUGUAGGUACGCUUGGUUUUCAUUUACAGGCGGGAACACGACCGGAGGUCUUGGAAAUAGGGUUAGGGUUCGAGUUACAAAAUCUUUGUUCCGGUAAACCUGCAAGUUAAACCCUCAGUUGUACUCGAUAACGCCUCUUUUUUGGCAAUGCAUACACACGAAAGAUGUCAACAGAUUUGAAGAAUGUCUUCAAGAAAAAAAAAUAUUUCACACCCUGGAACUGCCAAGUAACAGGCAAACGCUAAUGCGAGAAACAUGAAUCUUAUAAACUAGGAAAUUAUUUGAAUGAGUAAUAAACUGAUUAUAUCUAUCAAGAAUAACCAAGCGUACGUUCACGUUAGCCAGGGCUAAAUUGAAUCGCAACGGCAUAUGUGACAUCUUUAAUUUGAUGAAUCGUUCUUUUGUGCUUAAAGUUAUUUUUCUUUCUCGCAGGAGAAAUUUAUGCAGACGCCCUGGAAAGUGUGACACAUUAGGUAAACAUCUUUUUAUAUUGUGAACAGCUUCACGAAUACUUCCAGUGUGGACUAGAACAGCAUUUUCGGCUUAUUUAGUAUCACCCACUUUAAAGAAAGAUAUCGUGCGGUGGGUCGAACAAUUGUCUUAAACUGGGCCUGAUUUACUAGACUUCCACAACCCCCUUGUCAAGGCCAUGACUGUUUUCUAACUUCAGGACACUGUUCUUUUGUUUUAUUAUUUUUCAGGUCUUGCUGAGUUAGGAACAAUGUGUUCCCCAGGGCGAAGCUGUACUUUAGCAGAAGGCAGCGGACUGGGGACAGCGUACACUAUUGCACACGAGUUGGGGCACGUGUAAGUACCUUAUAUGAAGUAUCUAGAACAUGUGUAAGUACAGAUACCGUAUGAAGUGGAAUGUGUUGCUGGCUAUCACAUUGUCUGCUUUGAAAAUCUCCGAGCAUUUUUUCCGUAAUAAAUGACAAGCCCAAACCGUGAUCAUGUCAAAUCCAAGAUGUUCGAGAGAUUUGCAAUCACUUCACUCAUAACAAACGCCGAAUGUCAAUUUUUGCCAAGUGACCGAGAUUCUGCUUUAGUUGUCGUUUAAUAUUUGUUAUAUCUACAGGAAAAAAAAAGAAGACGUUUUAUGCUAGUUUCAUCCUUAACAAUUUCUUUGGACUUUCUCCUUUUUCAAAUGCUUAUUUGAAAUAGGUCAACUUGAAUCUGACGUUUGCCAUAAACGGCGUUCUAGAUGGUUUCUAAAUAGGAGGUUCCUAGACAUUUUCUCUUUUUACGUUAAAGUUCUGUUGGUAGCCGCAGAAAACAGCCGACAUUUGGUGGCGUCGCGAAAUGUCGGCUGUUUUCUGGGGCUAUUCUGUCGGUCUUUUUGUUUGUUUCCGAGUUUAAAAAGCAGAAUAUCUUAUUUCCCCGCAGUUUUAGCCUCCCCCAUGAUGGUGAUAACAACCCGUGCACUCGGAGUAGAGGAGACCAGCGCCUCAUGGCUCCGUCAGUUAGUUUCGAUACAAAGCCUUGGUCUUGGUCCAACUGCAGUCGAGAUAAAAUCACCGAGUUCUUGGAGUAAGUUAAAGAGAACCUUAGACUACGAUAUUUAUAUAAAUGUAUUUAGCAUUUUUUGUGUCAAGAAUUGAAUCUUCCUCAGUUAUGCAUGUGUUGUUAUAAAAAAAACUUCUGUUCUCCUUAACAUUAGGGACUUUAAGGUCCAACGACGCGACGGCAACAAGAAUGUCGCUUAAAAAGUGAAUUUGCGUUCUUCCAGUCUUUAUAGCGUUUAUUCGAUCCUACCCACUUACUUUGUCAAUUGUAGGCGAACCCUCCUAAAGCUGAAUUUCAAGGGACCAUAUUUAAGCUCAGAAACAGAAAUAAAAUUUCGUCGUUGCUUGUUUACGUUCUCCAUAAAACACGAAAUUAGGCAUUUUCACGUGGUAGUCGUGCAAAAACGGGAAAGAAAUGUACAAAAAAAGUGUACGUGAUGCACGUGCAAAGUUGUUGUUUUGCUUAUUGCCUAUUGUUUUUAUGACCUUCUCGUUGCCGUCCGCGUCGUUGGAUCCUAAAGUCCCUAUUAACAGCAAACAACAGGCACGCAUUUUCCAUGACCCUAAGAACCCUUGAUAAUUUAGUCCACUAAUGGUUAAUCUAAUUCUUCAUAUUUUCAUUUUUUUAAAACAAUUGAGUCAUUUUAAUUGUGGCAUAUUUUUGCCGUUUGCUAAGGUUAGGUUAUGGUUCGUGCCUUGAGGACAAACCACUCGAAAAAGCAGAACUGAAAUAUCGCGAUAGACUUCCUGGUGAACUCUACAGUGUGGACCAACAGUGCAAAAUGGUUUUUGGCGAGAACUCAUCGCUUUGUCCUUUUAUGGUUAGUACUUCACGCAAGCCACCAUUAGUUAUAUUCUCCCGUAGCAUCCAGUCUGUACUCUGUAUACUUCUGGUGCCAAUGUGACUAAUAUGUCGAAAAAUCUAUAUAAUCUAAUUUUCAUCGAUCCUUCAAUCUCCUGGUCUUUUUGUUUGAUUCAGUAGACGUAACUAAGUAAUGUGUAAGGGCAGAUUUAAUGGCUACUCUUAGGGUAUGAUUACUGAUUAUUCGUCCUGUUUUGUUCCUCUUUUUUUCUUCCCCCGUUGGUUUUGACCCUACGGCAAAUCAUUUCUCUAUGUUUAACAUUAAAAAAUGGUUGGUGUCCUGUCACUCAAGAAAAUCUCAGGAAUGCAAACAUAUCUGUGGGUAACUGAAAAGCACUUCAAAAAUAAAAACUAAAAGUAUAAAAAGAGGCUUUGGUCUAUAUCAUCUACAUACUUUAAUUGAGAGUAGUUAUUCUCAGUUCAAGUUGAUUUUUAUUUUUUGCCUUGAAGGAACCUUGUCAGCGACUUUGGUGCGUAAAAAUGAUCAACAACCGAAGGGGAUGCUCCACCCACCAUAUGCCUUGGGCAGACGGAACCCCUUGUGCGAAGAAGAGUGUAAGAAUAAAUUACUCUUAAGUUUACUCACUUCCUCAAGGCACCCGUGCACGGUGGCAUUUGUUCCAGUUGCCACACAAACAUAAUGCAUUACCUUGAUCCAUAUGUGUCAUAUUCUUAAUUUUUCCCUGUUGGUGGAAUUCUAUUAAUAGUUUGUGAUCAUGUGAUCCUUCUUCCCCUCUUCCAUUGGCCCGUUCGCCGACUUUCGCCCUACCUCAGAAAACAAUAAAGAAGAAGAACGACUGAUCGUAGGUUACCAUUCAAAGGGCCUGCACGAUCCUUUGGUAUAGUCAUUUUGCUGUACAAGUAGGUUCUAAUUUUUCAAGUCCGUGGAUAUGGUCGUUUUAAAAGAAACGUUUUCAUUGCAUUGCUGUGUAUAAAAUACUAACGUAAACGUUUGAGCAUGGCUCUUCCAGUAAGUCAAAUGAUUUUUGCUAACAGUGAUUGAUGUCAAUAUGAGAACUUUAAUAAGAUUAGUAAUAGAGAUGCCCUCUACACCAGCAUGACAUGGCAAACGGUUGACUUGAUAAAUGUAAAGAUUAACUUAAGCCGAUAGACACUUGAAUUAUUCGAAUGUCACUAAUUCAGGGAAUAGAAAAUUCUUUGUAUGAGUAGUAGGGCUUCAGCAAACUUAACCUCGUUGGUGCGUUCCCUCUGCGUUCCGUGUGCGUUCCCUUAAUUAAUUGGCAUAAGGGUCGAGUCUAUGACGUCACCCAUUGUUUUAUCCUAGAGAAAAAAAAUGCGUUCCUCCAUAUUAAUUAAGUGCCUAGUCAGUGUCUUCCUGUAUACUAAUUCGGUAUAGGUUUACUAAUGAGCGUCUCUCUACUUCAAUAGAAACAAUAGGCUUGCCUAGACUUGCCGGUUAAGUAACUUGAGCCCGGUUUUCGGACCGUCUAUUAAAAGGAAAAUAGGAAUAAGAGAAGCGAUCACCUAGCAACGCGAGAAACGGCUUCCUAUAUCUUAUUUAUAGCUAAAACUCAGAUAUAUAUCAACACAAAGUGGAGUUGAAAAGUCUUUAUUUCAGUUUAGUUUAUGUCUUCUUAUUUAGCUCUAAAACUCGGAUAUAUUAAUUAAUAUGGAGGAACGCAUUUUUUUUCUCUAGGAUAAAACAAUGGGUGACGUCAUAGACUCGACCCUUAUGCCUAUUAAUUAAGGGAACGCACGCGGAACGCAAAGGGAACGCACCAACGAGGUUAAGUUUGCUGAAGCCCUACUUUUCAUACUUGUAUGAACGGCAAAGUUGCAACAAGUCGCAAGUACGAUUUAUCCCGUGCACUUGCAAACCUCAAGAACUUCGCAUUUUAAACAGUAGUAAUUCGAAGGUCCCCAAAGUUUUAAGGGCUCAGUAUAAAACAGAGCGUACCAUGCUUCCCAAGUAGGAGUUAUUAGCCUUUUCAUUUCCAAUGGAACUUCCUAAAGGCAAUUUCAAGAUAGACGUCAAUUGCUUGUACAUUUUGCGUAAUAUGGAAAAUGAUUUGCACCGUGAAAAAGUAUUACUCAAGAAGUUUCAUUAAUUAAAAAUGAAACAUAUCCAUGCAUCAAUCCAUGUAUCAAAGGCAAGAGUUAGCCGGAAACGUGUCUUUUUAAUUGACCCUGGAUACGGGGUGAUGCUCAGUUGAAAACGUAAAAAAAUAGCUUAUGCAUGGAUCAUGUCAAGGUUUUCAUUCCAUACUUCCAGAUCACGAACCAUUUUACACGUCGGUGUUACACUAAUAAACCGCUUGAACUUCUUCAAAAAGUCUUUCUGGACUAACGAUCCUGUUUAAACACUCUUAAAAACCACUAUCUGUUCCGUUAAGUACUUCGCUAAGUUGUUUUCCGACAGAAAUUACUGAGUUGCUACUGUUUUCGAUCUGUCAUCUCCGGGUUCUUGAUUCCUCUAGUGUUUCCAAAUAUUUCUUACAAAGGUUCUCUUGCUACCGUUGCAGGGGUGACCGUUUCUUUAAAUUGCACUUAUCAACAUACUGGAAUUUACUAAUCAAAAGUUUCAGGAAGAUUUUCAUUAUUAUUUCGGUUCCUAUUCUACCCCUUUGCCCAUUGAGAAGAUCUAAUAAACAGGCAAAAUGGCAUUGUCGGGUGCUUGAAAGAAUACCAUUAACGCAAGAUCAAGCGGAAGAUUGUCGGAGAAGCUUCUUUAGAUGUCUUGCUAUGUUCUGCAAUUACUUUAGCUUUUCGUCUACUACAUUCCCUCUCUAUGAGUCCUUGUUAACGCUUUCACUCUCAGAGUAGAUGAUGCGCUCCUGCAAGGUGGCUCGGACUUGCAGUCUGUUGAUCAAAAAUUGGUGUAACCAUUCAAAUGAAACCCCUUUCAAUUGGUAGUAUUUUCACAAGGGACUAUUUGAUUUGCAGAAUUUUUCAAAAUGAAAUUUAGAACUUUUGUUGAAUUUUUACUUGGCAGUGAAACGGUGAAGAUUCAAUAGUGAACGAUCGCCUGUGAGCCUGUCAUCACCAAACAUUUAUGAAAAUCUGAACAACUUCCCAUUAUGGUGUUUUUCGAGUUUUACGCGGCCAUUUUAACAAGAUUAAAGUUCCGAAACAUCGUUGUUGAAUGACUCUUUCCAACGUUCCAUCAGUUUGUUGAUCUUUAACAUAGCAGAACAUAUAAUUUCCUGUCUUUUCUUUUAGAAUGCAUAUUGCGUACUUGACUACUUGACCCCCUCAAUAACAAUCACGCGAGCGAAAUUUUCCAGUUUAAGUAAUUAAAACAUAAAAAUAGCUUUUUGUCCGAGCAAUGAGGGAAUACUUAAAUUGUUUCUAAAUGUUACGUGUGAUAUUUUAAUUGACACCUUGAAGGCCAUGAUAUGUUUUUGUAUUUCUUUCUUUUAUUAUCCUCUUUUUCUAUACCACGAAGACCACGGCCUCUGAUUAGCAAUUAAAAAGCAAUUUGUGCAAUUUAAUUGAUCAAUUUGUUUACAAUCUUAAGCGCUUCACUUCCCGAAUAGGUCAAAUUGAGUAAUGACUAACAAGUGUUUUCCUUUUGGAUUAAAAUGGAUAAGAAGAACGUGUAAACACCUGGAAAACUUCCCUUUUGUAGGAACGAAUAUCUCAGCAAAGUGACGUAAUCAAAUUAGAAGGACAAAUUGUAAACAAUUUGUGUCAUUUUCUGAUAAUUCCUUAUUUGGUUCGCCCUACAAAUUUCGGUAAAAGCCACAGAAGGGAUCGGUAAAUCAAAAUGUAGUUUUGUGCAGCAAAGACAAUUCUCCUAACCCCGUAAACUUAAGAUAAACAUUGAUAUAAACUCUACUUAUGUAUCUUCCGUAAUAUGACUAAAUUCGCUUUGUUGGCUUCUCUCCAUGUUCGGGGUAUUCAAUAGGCCCUUUGCAGCUAGCCAUUCACGUGGUACAAAACCGCCAUGCUGGAGAGCAACAGUCUCACUGGGAUAAGACAAACAUAGGAAAUUACCAUUUAAAAUUAUGUAUGCCUUUUGUUGGUCUUGUGCCAGUGCGACUUUUGCUCUCUAACAUGGCGGUUUUGUACCACGUGAAUGGCUAGCUGCAAAGGGCCUAUUAAAGUGGACUGCGUGCUAAUUACCUUUUUAAGUUUCUAUUUGCUAACAAUUGCGUAACAGUUGCCAACGUGAUAUGUGCGGUAAAAAAAGCCUCAAAUAGUCUCGUUCCUGAGUAGAAUUUCGUCCAGAGACACAAGUCUCAAUGCAUAUGACCUUUGCAUUCAAAUGAAACCUUUGCAACCAUGUUAGUAUUUGAAGUUCAGUAUUCUACAAAUGGAAUUGGAGAUUUUACUUGAAUUCUAGGCAAAGGACAGUGAUGUUUAGUUAAAUGAUUUCAAGGGGAUUCUCUUUUGCGUACUGAACCAACGGGCUUAUAGAGCUGGCUUCGAGUAUCUUGCUCAUCAUCAUCAUCAUCAUCAUCAUCAUCAUCAUCAUCAUCACCAUCAUCAUUAAAUUCACUACUCCUAGUAUCAUAAUUGUUGCUGACUCCCUGUGCAAUAAACAACGUUCCUUAGGUACAAGUCCUUUUAAAACGUCCAGAGAUGUUACUCAUUGAAGGAUCUGCUUCAGGUUUAUGUUUUGUAGUGAUUCCUUCACUACUAGCUAACGAUGCCCAGUUAAACUCAGCCUGUAAAAAUGAUCACAAAACACUUCUUCCAUUUUGUUUAUAAGUUUUUUCAUUUUCUAGUGGUGCAUUCGAGGUCAAUGUGUGAAGAAGCAAAGGCCGAAACCUGUGGACGGUAACUGGGAUGUGUGGGGUCCCUAUCAAGAAUGUACAAGGAGUUGUGGCGGAGGAAUAGCUUUUUCAUACAGGGAAUGCAACAAACCAUUGUAAGUUUAAUGUUAGGUUUAUUGUCGAUUGAAGAUCGCCCUGUCCCUCAACGCUUUAAUUUCAAGUAACCACCAAAGAAAACUUUCACAAAAUUGUUAAUUUAGUUUUGUUAAAGUAUAAAAAUAAAUAGCACUAUGCAACAGUUUUGCCAAAGAGGUUUCGUUUGAAUGGAAAAUUGUAAUACCAUAGGAUUUCAUUCACACUCUCAAAAAUUAGGACUAUAAACUAAGUAUUAAAUAGUACCAUGUGAAAGUAACGCCAAAGAGGUUUAAUUUGAAUGGUAACACCAUAGGAUUUCAUCCGCAGAUUCAAAACUUAGAACUACGUACUACAUACAUAGUACCAUGUCAAAGUACUGCUGAAGAGGUUUCAUUUAAAUAGCCACACCAUAGGAUUUCAUCCACAGACUCAACAGCUAGUGUGACAAGGACCGUAUUAAUUCGAUUAAACGCCGCGAUGUUAAUUAAAUUUCUCUUUGCCCUUUUUUAAGAUCUCUCCUUAAAACUCUCUUAUAGGGACACUCAGUAAGGGUAAUUUACUUUAAUUCUCUAUUUUGUGGACUCUUCUGUAACUGGUCCCAGCGAGAGUUUACUCUUAAUCCUUUGAAUUCACAGGCCUGAAAAUGGUGGGAAAUAUUGCAUUGGUAAAAGGAAACGGUUCAGGUCCUGCAACACCCAAGUAAGUAUUUAAAUGUAGUUUUGAAGACAACAGGCCAAGAUGAAUUGACCUGGUCAGGAAUUAAAAUGAGCGCUCAAUUAAUUUAAAUAACGACUUCAAAAUUCAGAAGAUACGAGAAACACGGGACGAAAAAAAUUAUUUGCACAAAUUUGCUCCUUGAAAUAUAUCGCAACUAUAUAAAUAGUGCGGAUUAAAUAUAUGGCAAACAUGUUGAAUAUAAAUGCCAAAAUUGCCUAGUUAUUUUCACCACCUGUUUUUUGGUCUGCAAAUGUUUCAUUUACCAUCUUUGCCAUAUAUUUACUCCUCAGUAUUUACAAAUCUGCGACAUAUAUGCAAGGAGCAGCAAAUUUGUGUAAAUCCAUUUUUUUUCGUCCAGUGAAAGAUGCUUACUCAGCAAGAAUGUUUCUUUGCAGGACUGUUUGUCACAUGAACCUAGUUCUAGUUUCCUCAGCUCCUAAGAGUCUCAGUGCCGGAUCCAGACCUUGAGAUAAGCCGGGGGGGCGGUCUUCCAGACCCUUAGAUAAGAGGGGGGAGGCGGUCUCCGAAAAAAAAUUUUUCGGACCUUCGGGCCUCAGUUUGGUCCAAAAAUAAAGAAGGGCCAGCCCCCUCCUGGGCCCCUCCCUUGGAUCCGUCACUAAGUCUCCUGUAGCUUGAUGGUAGAGCAUCUGGCCUACUGUCCAGGAGGUCAUAGGUUCGACUCCUGUUUGGAGUUGUCGCAUUCUUUCUUCCCUUCCGCCUGUGUCAUAGCCUACAAGCAAGCUGUCCGGGGCGCUCUGGUGGUCGAUGCGAAAUUGUUGGCUGAUUGGUGGAGAUGACAGUAAUGACGUUACCCUUGGCGCGUGCUUUCACGUGUUUUUCAAUGUUUGUUUACAUUCGCGCUUGUUUCCGCUUCGCGCUGAUUGGCGGAAAUCUGACAGCUCAGUCGACGGCGCGGAAAGCCACAGGGGAAUUGGAGGCGGAAUUGAAAUUCCAGAGACGUAGUUGCAAGCUCUCCUUUCUUUUCCCGCCCCGCCGCCAGAGCGCCCGCGAGCUGGCUCGCAGGCUACCUGUGUCACUGACUAAAUAAACAUCUUUCUCAUGUAUUCACCAGGCUUAAAAUUCACCAUCACAUUUCUAUCAUUCGACUAAAAUGUGUGGCCGUUUGGCUUACGGCCCACCCCGUUAAGAAGCUGGUUUACAGUCAUGUCUUUACUGAUUGUUUUGUAUUCGUAACUUUGACAGGAAUGCCCCAAAGGUUCUGUGGACUUCCGUGCCAUACAGUGUGCAAAUAUACAUGCACGGAACGUGAGUUUAGGUUCCAAGAGGUACAGGAACACGAACUGGCUUCCUAAGUACGCAGGAAGUAAGAGCUUGAUAACUAAAUCAAUCCUAAAAAACACAAUCAUUAAGAUAAUAUAAAGGUAACUUAAAAUAAUUGGGGAGUGAAGUGAAAUCUGAUGAAAGGUGACUGAGUUUUUAUCUCGGAUUUUCUCCGAAUAAAAUCAUCGUACACCCUGCAAGGAUUUCUAAAAACAUCUUUUUGGGAAUCAGUUUAUUCAACGCAUAGCUUGUGUUUUGUCUAGCUUAAAGACAGUAGGCUACGCGUCAUGAUUUAAAAUUUAGAAAACAACUCUUUCAGCUAUAGAAGCAAUUCACAUAGCGACUGUAAAAUGGAUUGUUUUUGGGAUGUGACUGGCCUGCAGACGCUCGUCAAUGCCAAAAGGUUCGAAUCUGUGGGUUUGCCAAAAUUAUCACUCACAGUUUCCAGCAAAAAUGUAAGAAAGAAGAAAAAGACACCGUCAAGCACGAAACAGAUGGUUCACAGACAUGAAGAUCGGAAAGUUAAUUUGAAAACUCGGUUAAACAGCCGACCGAAAAAUGAAUUAAAACUAAGAUCGGUCAGAGCCUCUUACCGAAAACGUAUUAUAAAAUUACCAAAAACAGGAACUCAUAUCCGAGAAUCUGAUGUUUGACUCAAUCCGAGGUAUAAAUUGUAGGUCACCAAACUCGUUAUUAAGUUACAGAAACUUCAAAAAAUGAAUAAGUUUUUUUCCGACAAUUUUUACAGUUACUAUAGUGAUGUCAUAGUCUUAACAAAAUUACCAAUAACUGAGCGUUAUUUUUUACCUUAUUUUUUUUCGUGAAGCUAGCGAAUUGAACUACCAUUUCUUGUCUCUGUACAGUUACCAAGCAAAACAAGUGUAAACUUUAUUGUCGCAUUUCUGGAACUGCCAUCUAUUUCAAGUUAAAAGACAAAGUAAUUGACGGAACACCGUGUAGCCCCGAGACCACGGACAUUUGCGUAGAUGGAAAAUGUAUGGUAGGUGUGGAUUUUCAUACUUUCUUGUUGUAAAACACGGCCACGUGACAGUCAAAUGUGACUCUGGAAAGAUUGACUUACAAUAAAAUGAGCCGUGGCUGAAAAAUGUCGGCCAAUUCGUAACGUUUAAAUCUUCUCCAGUUUGGCUGAUCACCGCCCCCAUUACGUAUACCUCUUUUGUAUUUUUGAGUGAUUGUGUAUGCUUUACUAUAGUUCAAAGAUAUUCUGAUGUACUUAAUUCUGUGAUCAGCUGGAAAGAGCUAAAAUUGUAUCAACCGAAAAACUGAGCCCAUUUUAAAACGUUAUGGUGCACCAUACAAGACGGUUUUGCUGUCACCUUCGUUCUAGGUUCUUGUUAUGGAUGUAAUUUUAUAUCUAUUCAUUUUUUCAAUAUUCAGCCUGCGGGAUGUGACAGAGUGCUAAACUCAAUGAAGAAAACUGAUAAAUGUGGAGUGUGUGACGGUGACAAUUCAUCCUGCAGACGUUUCUCAGGAACUUUCAACGAAACAAUGUUUGGUGAGGCUUGGCCACUUUUGUGAUCUGUUAAGUGUUUAAUGUAUUCCGUCUCUAAUACGCCUCUAAAACGUGUAUUAUUCAACUUCCACUGUAGUUAGGAGAGAGCAAUAAUUGGUGACACUGUUUUAACGUCCCCUACUAUUGAAGGAACGACCAUUUCCAUGUAG